GUCGAUUCAUUCAAUUAUCGAUAGCAUUUCGUAGUUACGUGUAGUUACGUUUUACGUGGUUUACGAGUGUAACGGUGUGUUGGUGCCACGCGUCUAAGUUCGAACUAACCUGAAACGGAACGUCACAAUAAUCAGGAAAAUGACUGCGUUAACAGUUAUUGGAAAAUUUUGGCAAGAGUACACGAAAACUACGCCAAAAAAGCUUAAAAUAAUAGAUGCCUAUUUGCUUUAUGUGUUUCUAACGGGUGUCAUACAAUUCGUUUAUUGUUGUCUCGUGGGAACGUUCCCUUUCAACAGCUUUCUGAGCGGAUUUAUUUCUUGUGUCUCCUGUUUCGUUCUUGGAGUUUGCUUACGGCUACAAGUAAAUCCACAAAACAAAAGUCAGUUUCAUGGAAUAAGUCCUGAGAGAGGAUUUGCAGACUUCAUUUUUGCACAUGUUAUUCUUCAUAUUGUUGUAAUGAAUUUCAUUGGUUAAGGACAAAGAAAAAAGGAUUUGUAAAAUUUUCUAAUAAAAUCUUCAAACCUGUUAUUGGUAAUGAGUACAUUGUUUUAAAAAUAUCUGUAUAUUUAAAAAUAAAUUUCAUAAGGAAGUAACUUAUUCGAAUUUAUAUUUAAUAAGUUUUACAAAAGUUUGGAAAUGAAUAUUGGAAUAAAUGGUUAUUUUUUAUAAUUUUAAUAAGAAUGACAAUUGAAAUAAAAGAAUAUAUUUUAACUUUAUUAAUUAUUUAUAAAUUUGAGAAGUUUGCAUUAGUGUAUGUGAACUACAUUAUAGAUUAAUAUUCAAGAUAGUUGGUACUAAUUAUGGUUUUCUGAUAAGCUAUGCCUUGAUAUCAAUGUAAUAUCAGCAAAAUGUAGAUAGAAAAUAUGCCGACAAAAUAUCAGAAUAUUUUACUCAAAAUACAUGGCUUAUAUCUGGAUAAACUAUGAAGAUGUAGAAAUAUUUUGAUUAUUUGGGAAGAAACUCUGUAUUUAUUAAUAGUUAUGCAAUUGAACACACUUAUCAUGGAUUAAAUUUUAUUUACACAUAUACAUUAAAGCCUAUUAUAGAAUUGUUUAUGUAUAUAUAAAUUUAAUCUCUACCAUCUAAUUUUUAUGCAUUGAUUUAAUAAAUGAAUUCUAUGUUAUUCUGAAUGUAA